AUGAUGUAUUUGAUCCGAGAAGGUCUUGUGAGGACGAAGCUCUCACCUCCUUCCCGCAACUCGACAGCUUCCCAACCCACAGUUUCUCUCUCAUCCUCCGCCGCCAGCUUUUCUGCCGCCUUCCUCCACGAUAGCUUCCGUCAACACAAGCCUCGUUCUCGGCAACGCGGUCGACAACUUGUAUCAAGCAUGUUUCUUGUCAAAUCUACCGGAUCAUCAGCUGGGUUAUCGGAUUUCCCCGAGUUAGGUUACAGAGUAUGCAUCUCUAACCUUACAUUUGCGGUUAUGGAUUACUGCCCAUCUACCGGCGUAUCUCCAAUCUCGCUUCUCUCCUUUAUGGAGACAGUCUUCAAACGCUCUUGGCCUUGA